AUGCCAGCAUUGCUUAGAAAAAUAGAGAUCCCGUUUCCAACCAAUCGCUUGGCAACGAUUGCUCAACGUGUAUUAAAUGUCGACAAAGAACUCAAAACUGAUCAAGUCAAACGAUCGCUGAGCGUCAAUGACGAUAAACUAGAAGCACUUUUCGAGUGUACGACGGCACGUAUGAUGCGCGUUUCGGUGAAUUCCUUCCUGGAGAUGCUAACCAUGGUCACUCGAACAAUGGACGAGUGCGACACGCUGAACGCUUAG